AUGAAGGUCUACGCUCUCCUCGCCCUCCUCCCGGCCCUGGCUGUCGUUGCUGAGCCCGUUCCCGCUCCCGAAGCCCCCGUCUUUCAGUUUGGCAAGCCUGCUGUGGGCAGGGCCAAUAUUGCCGAGAUUGACCCCCGUCAACUGAGCUCUUUGACGAGUGCUGCUGGGGCUGCUGGGUCUUUGACCUCCCAGGCCGGCUCUGCUAUCAACAGUGCUACAGGCGGAUCGGCCUCCGAUUCUUCCUCUGGGUCGGCAACAGACAGCGCCUCGUCUGGAAGUGCUACCGACUCGGCUUCGUCUGGAUCGGAAUCUGCUAGCUCGGCAGCCUCCUCUGUUUCGUCUGGAGCGUCUUCCGGAGCUAGCAGCGCCGCCUCUGACGCCUCUUCCGGAGCUUCAUCUGCUACCUCGAGCGGUGGUGGAAUUGUAAACUCUUUGACCAGUCAGGCUGGAAGUGCCACAAGUGCUGCUGGAUCUGCCGCCGGAGGUGCCACGUCAGCGGCCGGAAGCGCUGCUGGAUCCGCCGCCAACCCCGUUGCCCUCGUUGGCCAGGCUGGUGUCUGGACUGGGGUUAUGGCCGGUGUCGGUCUUGUCAUCGGUGCUGGUACUGUCUGGGCUUAA